UUCCAAAAGUAAUAUAAUAUUUUAAUAUCAAAAAAAUAUAUAUUAAAAUGUCGAGGGAGUCCGGUAGACGGUCCGUGGAUAUGGGCGACGUCAACCGAAGAUUGAGUAAAGGCAAAGCUAAAGCCACCUCCGACGGUUCGAGCUCACGCGGACACGGUUCUCGAGGAAGACACUCCGUCUCUUCGUUUCCUACUGUCCCAGAUCAUUUAAUCGGGGACGCUAUGACGGAUGAAGAAUUCAACCAGAUUUAUUCUGUUAGAGGAGACGCGAAUCUCCCCACUCUUGAUAGUCUAUUCGAGGAUGUUGAUGAAGCAGGACUGGAUAAUCUUGACGGGGACGAUGAGCCUAUACCGCAAAGCAACGACGUCGACGUGGAGGCAGACACAAAAGAUGACAUAGUUUAUGAAACUUGUAAACAUUGCGGGACCGUCAUAAAAAUGGAGUUUCCGGCGGUUAUGGCGGUCCGGAAAAACACCUAAGGUCGAGGCAUCCUGUGGAAUACGCCAAAUACGAGGCCAAAAAAAAGGGACGACAAGAAGUGCAAACCCAAAUUUCUCGGUUUGCUAACAGAGGUAAGGGCGGCCUUUUUGCUUAUAGCGACGAGCAAAAUAGGCAAAAAAUGGCCGAAAUGAUUUGUGAAGAAAAUUUGCCAUACAUG